AUGAUCACCAAUCAAUUAUUCAAUCCAUAAUUAGGAUCAAAAUAAUUUGCUGUUCCAAGAUAAGAAAACAGAGCAUGCUGUUUUUACCCACGUAGAUUACUUAUCUGUUAUGAUUUUAUAAAAAGAAUUCCAAUACCUCUAAAAGCAGUUCAUUAUUUUUUAAAGGUUUAAUCUGGUUUUCUUAUAGUGGAAUUAAAAUAAACCUAUUCAACUUAAAGUUAUAAUGAACCAAUAGAAUUAGAAUAUUUAUUUUCAAUUAAUAAAAAUGCAGCUGUGACUAAAAUGAUUGUUGAAUUAGGAGACACAAAAGUUUAUGGGAUAGUUAAGGAAAAAGAGGAGGCUAGAUAGGAAUAUGAAGAAGGAAUAAAGUAGGGCAAGACAAUGGCAUACAGUGAGCAAGAUGAAGAAUUUCCUGAAAUAAAAAGAGUUAAAAUUGGAGCCCUUGCUCCAAAAAAAGAAUUAAAUAUCACAUUUGAAUACAUAUAACCUUUGGAUGUUUUUUUAAAUAAGUUAUGGAAAGUAGAAGUUUAGCCAAUGGUUGAUGAAAAUUAUUUUAGCCUUAAUAAAUAAUAGUAGAGAACUUAAAAUCUAUAUUUUGAAAGACUGAGCAGAUACAUUCAGAAAUUUGUUCAGAUAGAUUAAUUUGUAUACAACUUCAAGCAAGAUAUUAGUGUAUCCAUAGAUAUCGGGUCUCCAAUCACAUAUUAUAAAUGUCCAACUCAUAAAAUUUUAAGCGGAAAUGCGAAAAAUGAAUACGCUAAGGAAUAAAUUAGUUAGGAAAAUUUAAAGAAAUUAUAUCUUAUGUUAGAGGAUACACCAUCUAAUUUUAUUCCAACAAAAUAAUUUACACUAUUAUUUUCAAGCGAUGACGUAAAUCUCCCUCGGGCGUUCUUAAGUCAUACUAAUAAUGAUGCUUUAUUCGCAUAAAAAUAUUGUGCUACAUUGACAUUUAUUCCAAAGUUUAAUUAAACAACUUUGGAUGAUGCAUAUUCACAGUACUUGGAAGAAUUAAAUAUUGCAGAGAAUCAAGCAAUUAAUAGAGGAACUUACUUAUUCUUCAUCGACAGAAGUGGAUCAAUGUCUGGAGGCAGAAUAAAGAAAGCAAAAUAGUCUUUAAUUUUAUUUUUGAGAAGUCUACCCGAUAAUUGUAGGUUCAACAUCAUUUCAUUCGGAACAAUGUUUAGAUCUUUAUGGUCGGAUUCUAAGUAAUAUUCCCAAGAUACAUUGGAUGAGGCUAUCAAACAUGUGAAUGCAAUGGAGGCAAAUAUGCAGGGGACGGAAAUAUUUAAACCAUUUUAAGAUGUUAUCUAUAAUAAUCAAUAUGGCAAGUCAAAAACAACUACAUUAAAUAUAUUCUUGCUUACAGAUGGAGAAGUUGAUGUUUUCCCAAUAAUAGAUUUGGUAAAGAGGAACAAUAAAGCAGAAACUAGAGUAUACACUUUAGGAAUUGGAGAAGGAUGCAGCCAAUAUUUAAUUAAGAAUUUGGCGGAUGUAGGAAAUGGCAAAUUUUAAUUUGUAGCAGACGACGAGGAUAUAAAUGCCAAAGUUAUUGAUUUGUUAGAAGAUUCAAUGACUCCUUAUUUGCAAGGGUUUAACCUUGAAUCAAAUAUUUCAAAUAUUGCUCAAAUAAUUCCAAAUCCAGAAUCAAUUGUGUGUUUAAAGAAGAACUAAGAAUUAACAAUUUAAGUGUUAUUUUCCCUUGAGCAGGUUACUGAUAAUUUACAGCUAACUUUAAGUUGCUUUGAUCCGUAAGAAUAAAAACCAAUUAAAUAUUCAGUUUCAUUAAAUAUAAAUAAUUCUUAAGAAAAUGAAUAUUUUCAUAAAUUGGCUUCGCACAAAUUUAUCACAUAUUAUGAAAACAGUCUAAACUAUGGCGAAAAUCACGUUAAUUUUAUCAAAAUCAACAAGGAUACAAUAGAUGAUUAGGAUAUCAUCAACUCAUCAGUAACACAUUAGAUAUUAAGUUCUAAAACUGCAUUUGUAUGUGAAGUCUGUGACUUAGAAGAUCAAUUCAAAUAGUAGAUGAAAUAAAAAGUAUAAAUCACAUAAAUUAAACAAAACUAAUCGGUAGAUUAACAGUUGAUUGGUCUCCAAAGAUUGGUACCUUGCUCAUCAAAUUUAUAUCGUCCAACAAGCUCUAAGGGAUGUAGAUAGAUGUAAUCUCAGCUUUCUUCAUAACCCUAAAUUUAGAGAAAAAUCCUAUUUAAAUUUAAUUCCAAAAUGGCUGCUGAUUUAAGAACAAGAAGAUAUGAAAAGGAUGAUAAACUGAAUAGUUUAUAGAAGGAGUGCAAUUAAGAAAUGUCCUAUAAAUCAAAGAAAUAGACACAAAAUCUGAUGGAAGAACAAAGAGCAUUUCCAAAAAUUGUUAAAUUGAUUAAAUUUAAUUAAUUCUAGGGUUAGAUUAAAAAAAUGGAAUAUGACUAGUUGAUUUCUUAUGCCAAAGCUGACGGUGGAUUCUUAUUUGAUGAAUAAGUUGAAAAGCAAAUAAAUUUUGAAGGGUGGAAGAAUGAGGAAAGCUACCCAUAGAAUAUCUGGCUUACUUUACUUGCUUUACUCUAUUUGGAUCAAUAUUGUUCUUAAAAUAGAAAGUCAUGGCAACUAAAAUGGAGUUUCUUAUAAGUAGUUGAAGGAAUAAUUACUAAAGAAUAUUAAACAACAAAUUUGAUUUAACAUUUUGUGUCAUAAAUUUCAAUCAUAUUUAUUAAUUUAUUUAAUGAAUUUAAGAUUAAUGCUAAGUAUAGCGUCUAGGGUGAUUGGUGCACAUAAACCUCUCACUUGGAUGCAAUACCCAUAACUGCAUUUGUAUACUAAUUUUUUGAGUAUGGGUUUCACUAAAUCCCAUAUUGCCUGAAACCUCAAUAUUAACAAUCAGCACUUUUAGAAGAAAGCCUGCCAAGCUCAAAAAGGCCAAAAGAAAGCAAAGAAGAAAGAAAAUCAAACGAAUGA